AUGGCAACAGUCACUCUGGUGCCUGCAGCUUGGCUCCUCUGUUCUCAGGCCCUGACCAUUGGCCUUAAGGCCAUGCUGUUGAGUAUCUGGGUUCUGCUGCUUCUGACUUCUCUGACCCCUAUACUUCUGUACUGCUGGAGAAGACUCCAACCCAAGGAGAAAAAAGACCAGAAGCCACUGCUGGGAGCAAGUAUAAUCUAG